AUGCUACUUAUGCCUCCCUGUGCGCUCUUUGCGCUCUUAUCACUCCUUGAGCCUGUCGGCGCACUCACAGAGACGACUGGAAUCAUCGACCGCCGAAAUGUGAUCCGCAGGUACAAUCCCGUGCGCACGAACCUGUCAACCACCACACCAAUGCAGGUCGGCAACGGGGACUUCGCUUUCGGAGCGGAUAUCACCGGUCUACAGACUUUGCUCCCAUUCAACAUCCUCUCGUCCUGGUGUUGGUGCAACGACUCGCUGCCCACCAUCCCCGGGCAGACCGAGCCCUCCGACUUCACGGGCAUGGACUGGUGGACGCACGACCGCCUGGUCAACUACGACAUCUCGAAUCCUGCGGAGGCGGCUAUCUCGCAGUGGCUCAUCGCCAAUCCGCAUCGGGUCAAUCUGGGGCGGGUUGGGCUCUUGUACCAGGGAGCGAAUAUCUCGGUAGCAGAUGUGACUAGCACGGUGCAGACUCUGGAUUUGUACAGCGGGAUAUUGGAUUCAAGGUUUGAGCUGCAUGGAACGGCUGUUUCGGUUCGGACAGUUGCAGAUCCCGUGUCUGAUACUGUGGCUGUGGAUGUGCAAUCAUCUCUGCUGGUAGAUGGAUCCCUGAGUGUCUUCUUCGACUAUCCUUUGACCACGGGGACGAACAAGUUCGAAGCUCCAUUUGUGGGAAAUUGGAGCUUGGUCGAGGAGCACACCACCCGCUUGAAGAUAGCAACAGCACGAGAGGCAGUGGUCGAGCAUACCCUGGGAGGCACGACUUACUACAAUACCAUUGCAUCGGAGCAAAGAGGCAAUAUCCGCGGCCCGAUCAACGGCACCCAUCGCUACAUCCUCCAGCCUACUAGCAAGGGAGGGAGAUUCACUUUCACCACAUCGUACACGCCGUCAAUCCAGACAGACAAGAGGUCAUUUGCAACCGUCGAAACGUGCUCAACGCAGUGGUGGACGCAGUACUGGGAAUCCGGCUCCUUCGUCGACCUGACGGGGUCGAACUCGUCAGAUGCUGCAGAGUUACAGCGCCGCAUUAUCCUCUCGCAGUACCUCCUCGCCGUGAACAGUGCGGGUCACGAUCCACCGCAGGAAUCAGGCCUGCAGAACAACGGCUGGUACGGCAAGUUCCACCUGGAGAUGGUAUUCUGGCACCUCGGGCACUGGGCUCGCUGGAACAAAUGGGAGAUCUUGAGCCGCAGUUUGGGGGUCUACGAACGGUUUCUGCCGUCGUCGAUUGACCGCGCAAAGAAGCAGGGAUACGAGGGCGCACGGUUGGGCAAGAUGAGCGACCCGUCUGGUGCCUCUGCCCCGGGUCCACAGAAUGCCCUGCUAAUCUGGCAGCAACCCCAUCCGAUGUACUUUGCGGAGAUGGAAUAUCGAGCCUCGCCGACCGUAGAAACGUUGCAAAAAUGGGACACGAUCCUCGACGAGUUAGCAACCUGGAUGGUGUCGUAUGCGUGGUGGAACACGACGAGCCAGGUCUAUGACCUCGGCCCGCCGAUGUAUCCGUCCUCGGAGAAUACCAGCCCCAACUCAACCUAUAAUCCAACAUUCGAACUGGCCUACUGGCGGUUCGGGCUGGACAUCGCCUCGGGCUGGAAGAGGCGACAAGGUCACGAAGUCCCGGCGACCUGGACGCGCGUGCGGGAGAAUCUGGCAUCGCUGCCCGUCGUGGACAAUGCGUACUCGAUCUGCGCCGAUCUGCCGGAUAUGUGGACGGAGAGCAGUUAUACCUCAGACCAUCCGAGCCAGAUUGCAGUGUAUGGGCUUCUACCGCCGACAACUGGUGUGAAUGUUUCGGUCGUCAGUGCCACGAUGGACCGCAUCGCUCAGACAUGGAACUUCUCCAAGUCGUACGGAUGGGACUUUCCAAUGUUGGCGAUGACUGCCGUCCGGUUGGGAGACAUCGACGAGGCGGUUUCGUAUCGGCUGCAUCCCAACUUCCAGUUUGACGAUGUGGGCAACCCCGUGGGGACCGUAGUACCCACGCCGUAUUUCCCAGCUUCAUCAUCGUUGUUGCUCGCGGUGGCGAUGAUGGCUGGGGGAUGGGAUGGCAAUGUAGGAGCACAAUUCCCACAAGGAUGGAAAGUCAAGGUGGAGGAUUUCAUCCCUGGGAUGUAG